AUGGAUAACGUUCUCCAGGUUGACUCAGAUCUCUUCCCAAACAUCUCCACCAACACUUCGGAGCCCAACCAGUUCGUGCAGCCGGCCUGGCAAAUUGUCCUUUGGGCAGCUGCCUAUACGGUCAUCGUUGUGACCUCCGUUGUGGGCAACGUGGUGGUGAUGUGGAUCAUCCUGGCCCACAAGCGAAUGAGGACAGUGACGAACUAUUUCCUGGUGAACCUGGCUUUCGCAGAGGCAUCUAUGGCUGCGUUCAACACGGUGGUGAACUUCACCUAUGCUGUCCACAACGAAUGGUAUUAUGGCCUGUUCUACUGCAAGUUCCACAACUUCUUCCCCAUCGCUGCUGUCUUCGCCAGCAUCUACUCCAUGACGGCUGUGGCCUUCGAUAGGUACAUGGCCAUCAUUCAUCCCCUCCAGCCCCGGCUGUCAGCCACAGCCACCAAGGUGGUCAUCUGUGUCAUCUGGGUCCUGGCUCUCCUGCUGGCCUUCCCUCAGGGCUACUACUCAACCACGGAGACCAUGCCCAACAGAGUGGUGUGCAUGAUUGAAUGGCCGGAGCAUCCCAACAAGAUUUAUGAGAAAGUGUACCACAUCUGCGUAACUGUGCUGAUCUACUUCCUCCCCUUGCUGGUGAUCGGCUAUGCGUACACUGUAGUGGGAAUCACACUGUGGGCCAGCGAGAUCCCUGGGGACUCCUCUGACCGCUACCAGGAGCAGGUCUCUGCCAAGCGCAAGGUGGUCAAGAUGAUGAUCGUCGUGGUGUGCACCUUUGCCAUCUGCUGGCUGCCGUUCCACAUCUUCUUCCUCCUGCCCUACAUCAACCCUGAUCUCUACCUGGAGAAGUUUAUUCAGCAGGUCUAUCUGGCCAUCAUGUGGCUGGCCAUGAGCUCCACCAUGUACAACCCCAUCAUCUACUGCUGCCUCAAUGACAGGUUCCGCCUGGGAUUCAAGCAUGCCUUCCGGUGCUGCCCCUUUAUCAGUGCCGGUGACUACGAGGGGCUUGAGAUGAAAUCCACCCGGUACCUCCAAACCCAGGGCAGCAUGUAUAAAGUCAGCCGCCUGGAGACCACAGUCUCCACGGUGGUGGGGGCCCACGAGGAGGAGCUGGAAGAUGGUCCCAAGACCACACCCUCAUCUGUGGACCUGACGUCCAACGGCUCCUCUCGCAGCGACUCCAAGACCAUGACAGAGAGCUUCAGCUUCUACUCCAACAUGCUCUCCUAGACCGCAGAUCUUCAGCAGGGGCAGCCACCACCAUCUCUGUCUUGCUUCACUUCAUGCAUGGAUAAUG